AUGGCUUCUGUCGACGUUCAACACACUUCUCCAUUAGGCUUCUCUGUUAAGACACCUAGAUUUCAAACUCUUGGUUUACAUCCAGAAUUAUUAACACGUGUUCAACAUCCAACUUCAUCUGAUGUUGCUCCAGGUUCUUAUGAUCUAUUACAAUAUGGUGAUUUUAGUGAUAAAAAUGUUCAAAAACGUAGAGAAGGUCCUAAUUGGCAACAAGCAAUAUAUACAGAACAAAUGGCUAAAAUUCCUCAUUCAUCAUUUAAAGAAACAUAUGAAAAACGAAAAGAAGAUGAACGACGUGUUGGACCAGGUACUUAUUCAAUUGAUGAUUUUUUAACAGAAGCCGAUCGAAGACCACGUUGUAUACGAGGUGCACUUAAUCAAUUAACAUCUCGAUUUCCAAAAGAACAAGAAGAUCGUGCACCACCACCUGGUGCUUAUGGUAUACCAGAUGAAAAAGUUGUAGAAAAACAUUGGCAACAAGGUAGUAAUAUUCCUUCAUUUGAAUGGAAUCAAGGACCUCGAACAUUACCACUUGAAGGAUCAAAAAUAGGUCCAGGAACAUAUAAUCUAAAAAGUUCAAUUGAUGAAUUAAUUAAUAAACGUGUUAGUGAAAAAGGUCCUUAUCAAUUAUUUACAAUAAGCCGUUCAGCACCCAUUAUAACUGGUCAUUAUGCUGUAUUAGAUACAUGGAAUUUAUCCCCUGAUUUUCCAUCAAAAGAUUAUCCAAAUUCAAUAUCAUUUACACGUGAAUUAGAAAAAAAUAAGAAAAAAGGAGCAUUUAGUAAAUUAGAUCGUUUUCAAAAGAAACCAACUGAUCGAUUAGCUAUUGAACAUCCAGGUCUUGAACCGAAAAAUGUCGACUUUCCUGGACCAGGUGCUUAUGUGGUAACUCGUCCGUGGGAACAAAAUGAUUUUCAUGCGAAAAAAGUUUCAUUCAAUGCUACAUCAUCAAGAAAUGAUAAACGUUCAUUUACUCAUACUGGUGCUCAUCAUUCAGUCGGUGUUGGUCGAUAUAAUCUACUUGGACCAGUAAGAGAUGAAACAAUAGCUGAUAAGCGUAAACGACCAAAAAGACGAAAUAUUGGAUUUUUAUCAACUACAACACGUUUUGCAUCUGCUGAUGGGGAAUCACUAUUAAAUGAACGUUUAAAACCACAAAAUCUUCGAACAGAACAACGAACACAAUUAUAUCUUACUGGUCGUGUCUCAUCCUAA